AUGUUGAAUCUAUACCACAAAGGAUUAGACAGUUCUGAAGACAACCCGGAUUGCUUGGUGUUGAUACAGAAGUACAGACUGUUCAAGUGGAAGGAGAAUUCUGUCACUUUAAACACAAAUUUUAAAGUACAGAAAAAUGAUCACAUUCGGUGGGAAGUUAAAUCAAAAGGUAAUCAGGUAGCAGCAGAAUUAACAAACCAGAGCAUCUUUUGUGAAGAUGGACUACAGCUGGACAAUCAGACUGGAUCUCUGACUAUCAGAAACGUCAAAGGCUCUGAACUUUACUCACUGCAGAUCAGCCGUGGUAACAUUGUCAGAAAAUACAAUGUUAUUGUGUAUGCACCUCUUCCCGAACCGGACAUCAAGAGAGACCACAGUCAUUGUUCUACAUCAGCACCAGGAUGUUCAAUAGUCCCAAAAUGUCUCCUGGUGUGUUCAGUGUCUAAUGUGAGUUCUGUGAAUCUCACCUGGUACAAAGGAGACAGUUCAUUGUCCAACACCAGUUUGGAGACUGAGUGUCUGGAUGAUUCCCACACAUGUGUUGUGUCUUACACAUUCACCAGCCGGAGUAAAUACCCCAGCAGUGACAUGUGUCUGAAAUGUUCAGAUCUCCACAGUCAUAAGCUUUUAAUACUGCUGUUAACAUCUGCAUUUGUGCUGCUAGCAAUCACAAUUGUAGUUGGGUCAUUGCUCCAUUUAAAGUAUAAACAAGCUAACAAAAGAGAAUCACAGAAUAAAGAUCAGGAUAAGUGCCUUUAUCAAUCUGUGGUCGCCAUAGUGGAAUGA